AUGCUCCAAAAGCACCACCUUCUUCCCCUCCUGGGCCUGUCCCAUCAUGCCCUCGCCCUCCCCAAACCCUCCUCCGCCUCCCUCUCCAGUGUAUCCUUGUCUGGACCUCCGGUCGUCUCCCACCCAACGUCCCUCCCGCACACACCCUACAGCGGCACGCCCACGACAACUGGUGCCUUGAGCGCUUCGUCUGUCGUAGGAUCUUCAAUCACGCCGGGGGCUACUGGUUACCCGAGUGAUGGGAAGUUGCAUGACGCUGAGCCCGCGCCGUAUGUUCCUGCGGGAGGCGUGGGAACGAGUGGGGAGGAGCCGGUGUAUAACGCGAAGAGUGAUUUUGAUUUUGAGUCUCUUGCCCUGGCAACAUACCAAGAAUACAUCGAACUCGACCUCUUCCACGACGGCCUGGCGCGCUUCUCCGUCGAAGAUUUCAAAAAAGCCGGCCUAACCGCCGAAGACCGUUUCCUGAUUGAAUUCAUGGCGGAUCAGGAAGUCGGUCACGCAACAAUGCUAACUAACAUCCUCGGCCCCGACUCCGCGCCGAAACAAUGCACCUAUAACUACCCCUACAAAACAGUCUGGGAGUUCCUCGACUUCUCCCAGAAACUCACUCGGUUUGGCGAGUCUGGUGUCUAUGGAUUUCUGGGACAUUUGGAUUCCCGGGAGGCCGCAACGCUGCUCACGCAGAGCAUCACCACCGAGGCUCGGCAGCAGAUGGUCUUCCGACAAUUUGAAGGCCUCUUCCCGAUGCCCGUCUGGUUCGAAGUCGGCAUUCCGCAGUCGUGGGCGUGGACGCUUCUCGCGCCAUACAUCUCCUCCUGCCCCGAGGGACAAACCCGUCUGGCGUGGCAGAACUUCCCAGCCCUGACGAUCGACAACCAGCCAAAUCCCAGCAGAAUCGACGGUGGCAAGGCAUUCCAUGAAUCCCUGGAGCCGGGGAUGAACACCCUCCAACAAGUCACCGGCCCCGAGUCCUGCCUCGACUCCGACACGCAGGGCGAGAACUGCAGUCCGGCGAUCACGCAUAACCGCACGAACCCGCUUUCCUACCCCGGUCGCGAAGUCUACCUCUCCUGGGAGGAACCGGGCAAACCGGUCGGUCCGAACAACUCUUACGUGACCUCAUCUCAAGCCUCUGAGCCGAAAUACGUCGCCUGGGCUACGCAGCUCAACGUGACAUACUCGCCACUUGAGGUUUUGAACAAAACAGCCGGAAAGACGGUGCAGCCGGACUUGUCGACUUACCAGGGCGAUCCGGCGAUUAACGGGACUAUGUUCCUGGCUGUUGUUGACGAGGAUGUCUAUGUGACGCCGUUUAAUUUUAGUAGUAUUAAUGAGCAUGUCGUGGCGGGGCCGGCGUUGUAUCAAGCUGGUUGA